AUGGAAAAGAGUUCAAAAUUAUACCUUCUACAAGAAUAUAUGAAGGAAUAUAAUAGAGGUACUUCUCUUCCCCAUGAUAGUAAAAAUAAAGAUAACGAUGAAUAUUUAUCUUUAUAUAAUGACAUAAAUAAUGAAGAUCAGUAUAUAUAUAAUCCUCCUACAAUUGACUAUAAAAAUAUAAAUGAAAUAAAGAACUUUGUAGAUAUGAGUGAAUACUUAUCAACUAAGAAUUUAUUGAAUGAAAAUUCAACGUUCAAUGGUAAUAAGGAAGACAUAGAUUUAAGAAAUGGCUCAUUAGAUAUAGAACAUAUUAAAUAUGGAAAUGUUCCAGAUAUAAAUAUACAAGGUGUACAGGUUGAAGAUUCAUAUAUUAAAGAUUUAGAUAUCUCAAAUGAACAGUUUGAAAAUGAAUCUUAUCCUAAUAACAUAUGUAAAAAAGAAUUGAUUACACCAAAUAAUACCGUUAUACCACAAGAUGAUAACAUUAAUGAAACAAUAAUAGAUAGAACUAAUAAUAAACCUUCAUCCUACAAACAAUAUAAUAUGAAUGAUUGUUCUAGAAAAAAUAAUUCAUUUAAUAAUAAUAUAAUGGAUAACAUAUGUAAUGGAAAUGAAAAAUAUAAAAUGUCUGAUAAUAAACAGAUAUGUGAAAUUAUCAAAGCAAAAGAACAUUUAAUUAUAGAUGAAAUAUGCAUCAUGGUAAAAAAUGCAAAUAAAAAAAUUAAAAAUCAAGUACAAGAAUACAAGAACAAAAACAUAUCUGUUUUAGAUUGUAAAGAAAAUAUAAACGAUAAUUGUGAUAUGAAUAAUACACAAAACAUUUUACAUACUAAUGAAGGUACAGAAGAAUAUAAAUUAAAUGAAAACAAUAUCCAUAAUACAGUGAAAAUAACAAAAGAAGUAUAUAGUUGUAAUAGCUUCUCCUCCAAUUCUGAUACAACAUUAAGUUAUGAAAGUGUUAAUAAUAAAAAAAAAACGAAAAAGGAAGAAAUAAAGAAUCAUUGUAAUAAUGUUCAAGAAAUAAAUGAUUUAACAAAAGAAGAUACAUUAAUUUAUAAGAGUGAUAAAGAAUAUACCAAAAAAGAUAUAGAAAAUAUAAAUAAUUUAAAUAUGGAAUGUAAAUUAAAUUCUUUAAAUAAUAAUGACGAUACCAGUGAUAUAAGUACAAAUAACAAUACUAAAGAUUUAUAUCCAAAAAGUAAUUCAAAUAAAUCAGAUAUUUUCAACAAUUCAAUACAUAUAAGAAAUAUUAUUAAUAACAGUAAUCUUGAAGAUUUCAAAAAUAUAAAUACUGUAAACAAUGCAAGCAUUUUUAAUUAUAAAAAAGAUGUAAAUAAAAAUAAUAUAAAUUGUACAAAUAAUAAAUUCUGUAGUAAUAUAGAAAAAAUACAUUUAAAGAAUAUUGAAGAAACUGAAUGUGAUAAAUCAUUCUUCGAUAUAAUUGAAAAAAGGGAAAUUAGGUAUGAUUCAUCUGAUACAUUUAAAGAAGAACAUAUUAAAAACAAGGAGCUACAAAUAGGAUGUUUUUUAAAAGAGGAAAAUAAUAAUAAAACAGAUAUUCUAAAAAAUCCAUUAAAAGAAGAAAUUAGACAUUUGAAAUUAAAAUCUAAAAAUAUUAUUGUAAAAGAACAAACAUGUAUUAAUGAUAUAUCAAACGCAAUAGAAGAACAUUUUUAUUCCACUUAUAUAAGUAAGGAUGCUUUAACAGGAGUUCCUACAAAUAACAAAAAAUAUAAUAAUGAUUAUUAUAACUUAAAGAAAAAUAUAGAGGGAACAAAAGAAACUAUGCAAAAUUGUAAUAAAUAUUUUGAUCAAGAUAUACAAAAGAAAUAUAUUAAUAAUAGUUUCGAUGAAAACAGGAAACAAUCUUUUAGUGGUAAAGAGCAAGUAAAUAAAGAAAAUAUGCCAAUGCCAGACAAGAAUGAACAAGUUAUAUUGAAUAUAAAAAAUAUUGAAACACCUCAUAUUGAGUUAAAUUCAAUAGAUGAAAAAAAAUAUUUUAAUAUAAAUGAAAACGAUUUUUAUGAAAAUUUUAAGGAACAUAUAGAAAAUGAUUCCUUUGAUUAUAGUAUAAUGGAGGAAAACAGAAAGGGUAAUAUUGACACAAAUUUUUAUUAUGAUAAUAAGUACAUUAAUAAAAAUAAAAUAAUAUCCCAUGAAUUUAGUAGUGAUAAGGAAAGAUAUAUUAAACAAAAUGAACCUUCAUUAUAUAACAAAUCACCAAAUAUUAUUAAAAAUAAUGAUUACAAUGAAAAGGUUAAAUAUAUGAUAUCUUCAAUAAACGAAAGCUGUAAGUUAUUGAAGAGAACCUCUUUAUAUAAUGAAAAGAAAAAUGUAAAAACAGAACCUUCUUUAUUAUUAAAAUUGGGAGAAACAAAUACACUAGAAAAUAAAUUAAAUGAUUCUUUUGAAUCUCAAGUUAAUGAAAAGGUAAGUAAAAAUAUAAAGCUGGAACACAAAGCUGCAUCGAAUUAUAAACAUAAUAAUAAUAAUAUUCAUAAUAAUAAAAAGAAAAAAUAUGGAAAUAUAUGUACAAACAUAUAUAAUAAUUAUGAUCAGAAAGGAUACAAGGAAAAUAUCAACAUAAAAUUGACAUCAUUAAAUCAUAAAAAACGUUCAAAUACACCAUCUAUUAUGAUAGCUGAUGUCUUAAAAAUUAUAGAUAAAAAUACAGAAGAAAAUUAUAAAGAAAGAACAAAAUUCUUAACCCCAUAUAAUAAUAAGAAUAUAGAUGAUGAAAAUAAUUCCUCUUAUAACAAUAUCAAGAUUAGUAAUAUAAAAAAUGAAAAAAGUAACAAAUUCGGAUAUCCAAAAAAUAGUAACCGUAAAGUUGUUAAUAUUAAAUCUCAUUAUAUAUCUAAGUAUAAUAAUAUGUUCUUAUAUAUGGAUACAGAAAAGAAAAAAAAAAAUGAAGAAAAAAAAACAUAUAAAAAAUUGAAUGUGCCAUGUCAUAAGAAGAUUUAUGAAUGUGAAAAAAGAGAUAAUUCCAAAGAUAUUAUAAAAAUUAAUUGUAAGAAGGAUGAUAAAGAUGUUAAAAAAAAACAAUGUUCUUUAAAUGAAUAUAAAAAAGAGAAAUUGAUCGAACAAAAGUUACCAAACUUUGGAGGACAAGAAAUACCAAUAUGGGGUGGAAUUGAAAUACCAAAUUGGGAAGAAGAAUAUAUGCCUUUAGAAAAAAAAAUAAGAGAACCAUAUGUAGAAGAGAAAAAAGAAGAAAAAAUUAAAAAUAAAAUAAUCCAUGUAAAUUCAAAUAAUAACAAGAUUCAUUAUCCAUCUCCAAACAAAAUAAAAAAAAAUAAUUCUAUACAUAAUACACAAGAAACAGAAAAAUUAAGGAAAUUAAAAUACAAUAAUGGAAAUAACUAUACUUAUGAAAAAGGUGAGGAAAAGAAUAAAAACAUUUGUUCUUCCUCAAGAAAUAAUUCAUUAACAAGUAUUAGAAAUAAAAGUGAAAAGAAUAUUAAAAAGAACGUUUUGACAAAAAAAGAUAGUACAUUAAACCAAGACAAAUUAAUUGAUGGUAAAGAUGAUAUAAAGAAAAUGGAGAAGAAGAAAAUAAAUGUGAAUUCUCAAAUAAAUCAAAAAAUAGAUAGUGAUAAGAAAAAAAACAAUAAAUUGGAAAAGUAUGGAAAAUACGUAGGGAAGUGCGAAAAAUAUGGAGGAAAGUAUGGAAAAUAUCCACUUGAUAUUGAAGCAUCUUUAAAAUGUAAAAAUCUUUAUCUAAAGAUCAAUGUAGAUACUAAUAGUGAACAAAUAUUAAAAUAUAUUCCAAAUAAAAUAUCAAAAAGAAAUAUGGAAUUUAAACUAAUUAUAACCAAAUUUAUUGAUGGGUUUAUAAAAUGUACUGAAUCAAAGAUUUAUAAAUCAUCAAAUAUAAUUUUACAAAAUAUUGAAACAGAUAUUUCUUACAAUAUUACAAUUCAUGCAUAUAAUAAUGUUGUAUCUACUUUAUGGUUAUAUGCUUCAAUAUCUUUUUAUUUGACAAAAUUUAAUUUGGAGAAUUUUAAAUUAAAAACUCCUUGUUAUUUUACACUAGCCAAAAAUACAGAUUUCUUAAAUUUCAUAACAAAUAAUGAUAAUGAGAAAAAAAUAGUACCUUUAAAAAGUGAAAAAAACAUAACACAAAAAAUAAUUUUGCAUAAUAUUAAUGAGAAAAAAAGGACGAAAGAUAAUGACCUAACAAAUAACUCUACAAAUAUGUUGAAGGAUAUAGAGGAAGAAAACAACCAGCAAUUUCGUAAUAAUAAUUCAACUUUUUCGGAUGAAGAAAAUUCUGAUGAAAGUAUUGUGCCUAUAAAAAAUUUACAUAUCCAAAAUAAUUUAGAAUUUAAAGGUAUCAAAAACGAAAUAAAUAGUAAUAUAAAUAUAAGUACUAGAAAUAAUAUCACUCUUAAUAAUAAUAUUAAUACUUUGAAUAAUAAAUACAAUAACACAAUGGGGGGGAAUGCUCCAAACGAUUGUGAAAUGCAUAAUAUAAUACAUGAGGAUGAAGAAAUAAAAAGCACUUCUAGUUAUGAAGAAUUAUUAUUAAGUUUCGAUGAUCUUAAUAAAAGUGAAAUAAAAAAUAAAUUUAUAAAAGUAAAAUAUGAAAAUUGUAAUAAUGACGAUCAACGAAAAAUAACGCCAACAUUCGAAACAUCUAAUGGAAUUGAAUGUCCAUCCUUUUGUAAGUAUAAUUAUAAUUCCAGACCAAAUCAAAAGAUAGAAGUAAUAAAUAAAGUAUGUAUGAAAGAAGUAAAAGAUAAAAAAAAAGAAAAUUAUAUAGUAUAUAAAAAAAUGAAGGAUAACAACAGUUUGAAAAACACCACAGUAUUGAACCAUAAUACAAGGAAUCAGAAUAAACAAUCUUUUAAAUUUACAGAGUUUUCUCUUAAGAAAAAAAAUACAAACCUAAAAACAAAAGCUCAAAAAAUAAUAAACAUAAAAAAUGACAAUAAUAAUGACAAUAAUAAUGAUAAUAAUAUUGAUAAUAAUAAUAAUGAUAAUAAUAAUGAUAUUGAUAUAUCCAAUAUGUCAUCAAACGAACUCACCAUCAAGGAAAUCACAGAUUCAAGUUCAUUUAUAUUAUCAAGUAGCUGUUUAUCCAAAGAAAAUUUUAAAAAUGAUAAUAAAAGAAAAGACAUAGAAUUUUUAAAAUCUAAUAAAGAUGAUUCAACUGAAAAUUCGCAUCAACAUGAAGAAAAAAAUAAUAACAACUUAAAAGAGUGUAAACCAACUUUAAGUGAUAUAUUAUUAAAACAACUUCUUAAAGAAAAGAAUGGAAUAUCUCAUGAUGAUAAUGAUGAUGAUAAAGGAUAUUCAAAAACAAUACAUAAAAAUGAUAACAUACAUACGAAUUGUAAUGUCAAUAAACAUGAUAUAGAUAAAAGCAAAAAUAUCUCCAUUAAUAAUAAUACAAUUAAUAAUAAAUAUAUUAAGAAAGAAUACACUCCUUGUGAAAAUUAUAAAAAUAAAGAAACGAAGAAUAUAAAAUUAGAUAAGAAAAAAAAAGGUGAUGAAUAUAUAAAAAAUUAUGAACAAAAUUUACAAGAUAUAUACAUAAAAAAUAAUAACUAUUGUAAUAAUUAUAUGAAAAAAUCAAAAGAUAAAAUCAACGAAAAUAGCCCUAUAAAAAAAAAUUUACCUACAAAAGAUAAUACAUCAAAAUUGGAUACUAAAGUUUAUGAUAAUAUGUAUGAUAAUAUAUAUAACAUGCUAAAUAAAAAUGAUGGUGUUAAAGAGAAUAAGAGAGAUUCUAUCCCUGAUUAUGUUUCAAUGGCAGAUUCUAUUUUUCAUUUAGAAGAUUGUAAGGACACACAAAGUAAUCAUUCACAUAUCCAAGAAUUACAAGAUGAAUGUGUUGAGAAAAUACAUAUGAAAGAUAACGACGAUAUAUAUUAUAGUAGUACUACAAAUAAGAAAAACGAUGAAAUGAAAGGAAGAAAUGAUAUCUUUCAAAAUCAUAAUAUAUGUAACAGAAGAGUACAAAGUGGUAACAAGAACGUGUUAGUAAAUAAUAAAUGUAAUGAAUUAAACAAUUUACAUAAAAAGGAAAAUAACAUUUUAAAUAAAGAUGCACAUAUAAUUAAUAGUGUAGAAAAUAAUGUUUAUAAAAAUGAUAGAUCAGUAAAAAAUUUAAAUGAUAUUAUAAACAAAAGAUUUUGUACCCCCGAAAUUGUAACAAAGGUUUUAAAAAUUGAGGAAAGAAUAAACGAUAAUACUUUUAAUAUAGUUGAUAAAAAAGAUACACCAAAUAAACAUAAUAAAGGUCCCAAUUAUAUAUCAAAUGAAAUUAAGGAAACUAAAAAAGAAGUCAAAUCAAAUUCACUUAAAACAUACCUAAAUAAAACAUGCGAUAAUUUAAAUAUAACGAGUAGAAUUAAUAUGCUAAAUAAAACUAGUCCAACAAUAAGUUUUCUAAACAAAACUUCUAUGAAUAACAAAAAUGUAGAUAAGGAAGAUAAUUAUAAAAAAUAUAGUGACAGUAUAAAACGUAAAAGUUAUAAUUCAGAAGAUUUAUUAUAUAAAGGUAAUUUUUAUAAAAAUGUAAGACGUGCAUAUAAAAUAGAGAAUAAACAACCAUUUGGUAAUAAAAAAUAUAAAAAGGUUUUUAAGGUUGAUGAUAAUAAUGUAAAUAAAAAUAGAACAAUAAUAUAUGAUCAUAAUAAUAAUAAUAAUAAUAAUGUAUAUACUCAUAAUAUGAACAGUAAGAAUUAUAUUAAUACCCCCAAUGUAUCUUUAAAUACAUCUUAUGGAAAUAUAAAUUCAUUAUAUAUUCGUGAAGAAAAUCCAAAGAACUAUAAUAGAGAUAACAAACUGAAUAUUAUAAAUGAUAGUAAGAAUGAUAAACAAAAUUUGCAAUAUAUUAACAUUAACAUUAACAAAAAUAAGAAUUCAUUACAAUCUGAUAGUAAUUAUAUAAAAAAUGAAUCAAUAAAAGAGUGUGAAAAAAAUUAUCCAAUAAGAAAACAUCCAAAUUAUAUUGGUACAAACAAUGGUGAAAAUAAUAUUAAUAAUAUUACAUCAACAAUAAAAAAAAAUGUUAACAAUUAUUUUGAAAAAUUAAAAAAUUUAAAGGAUAACAAUAAUAAUAAUAAUAUGAAGAAUAUUUACUCUGGUAAUACCGUCUUAAAUAAUAAUCCUUAUAAUUAUAUUAUGAACAAUAAUAAGCUAAAUUAUAUACAACAUCCUAAUCCCAUAAAUAUUAAUAAUAAUAAUGAUAAAUCUUAUUUUUAUGCAUAUAAUAAUCCUAUAAGUGUUAAUCAUAAUAAUAAUUUAAGUCAUGCAUACCAACAACAUAAUAAUAAUAAUCCAAUAAAAAAAGAAGAUAACAUUUAUAAUACAAGUAGGAACAAAAAUAUUCCAUAUAUGUUAAAUCGUUUCAAUCCAUUUAUUCAACCCAAUUAUGGUAAUAAAAAAAAUAUAUGCAAUAAUAAUUAUUUUGUCCAGUCCACCCAACCACAUAUUAACACCUAUAAUACAACAAAUAAUCAAGAACCCUUUGCUAAUUUAAAUAAUAAUGUGUAUAAUAAGUUUAAUAUGAGUAGUUGUGAGGGGAAAAAUACUGCUUAUAAUAAUUUGUGCAUAGAUCAAAAUAAAAUGUAUUUACUAAACCAAUAUCAAAUGAGAUGUAAUCAAAAUAUUAAUCAGACACAUAACGAAUUAAAUAAUCAAAAAAAAAAUAAUAUGAACCAUUUUAUCGAAGAAAAUAAUAUUGCUGAGGAAAAGAAUAUAUAUUACAAUAAACAAAAUAUCAGACCAAAUGAUGAUGGAAAUAAAAAAAUAUGUACACCUUUAAGUGAAGUACCAGAAAUUAUAGGUGAAGACAAUUCCUAUGUAAUUUAUAAAAUGAAUGAUGAAAAGAAUAUAAAAAAUUAUGUUCAGAAUAAUAUUACAAAUAUAAAUAAUCAUAUUAUGAAAAAUGUUGAUAAUAAUAUUCAUAAGAAUCAAUAUAUAUAUAAACCACAAGUUAAGCCAAAAUAUAUAACACCACAAAUUAGUAACAUCAAUAUGAAAAAUAAUUUGAAUCAUAUGGUUAAAAGAAUAAAUCAUAUAUAUCCAAAGAAUCAAAAUGCUCAUAUUAAUCAUAAUAUUCUCAUAAAUAAUAAUAUAAAUAAUAUGAAUAAUAUAAAAAAUAUGAAUUAUUUAAAUGAAGAAAGAGAAAGAAAUAAUUUCAUACAAAUGAAUAUGGAAUAUUUAAAAAAUAUUCCUAUGGAUAAAAAUAAAAAGAAAUUAUAUUAUCCUCAUACAAAUGUAACAAAUAUGGGACAAAAUUAUGAAAAACAAAUAAAUGCAUCAAAUUUAAUUAGAACAGUUAUAAAUAAAGAUAAUAAAAAUAAUGUAGAGCAUAAAGAAUAUCAAUUACCGUUACCUUAUUAUAAUAUAACAAAAAAAGAUAUUUCAAAUGAAAAUAAUUUUACAAGUUUAAACAUUAAUCAAAUAAAAUCAAUUAACCAUCCUUCUUAUGAUGAAAAUAAUGUUAUGCAUUACACAAAUCAAAAAGAGAAUUAUAUAAAAAAGAAUUACAACAAUUUUCAACAUGUAAAUGAUAUGAAAUCAUUUAAUAAAAAUGAGAAGCCAAUAAAUGUGUAUGCAAAUAAUAAUUUACUUUAUAAAAAAAAAAUAGAGAAGGAGAAUGAAAUAAAAAAUACUUCAAAUAUGAAUACAGAAGAAAAUAAUAUAUUAGAAGAUACAAAUAAUUAUUCGAAUAUGAAGAAUAAUGUAUUUCUAAAAAGUGAAAGUCGUAUUAGUAACAAUGACAGGAAAUUUUCACCGUCGUUCGGAAACAUAAAUAAUGAAGAUAUUAAAAAUAAUAAUUAUGAGAAACAUGAAAAUAUUCAAGUAUAUACAAAUUCACAAACUUUUGAAUUAAAUAUACAACUUGAUGAAUAUACAUGUAAAGAAAUUGCUUUUACAUAUAGAGAUGUACUAGAUGAAAAAGUAAUUCCUUUCAUUAAUGAUAAUAAAUUAAAAAAAACAUUUUUAAAUCCUAUAAAGGAAAAAAUGAGAUAUAUGAUGCAAAAUGGUAUAGUGAAAUGGUACAUAAGUAUUACAGAAUUUUUAUAA